AUGACGGAUACAGACUUCUUUCUGAUGGUCACUGGCCUCGAGCUUCACGAGACAUUCUCGCGACAUCUAUUCGAACAGUGGUUCCCUCUCCACUUCUUUUCCCCUCCCCCUCAAGAGCUCGCAGUCGGCUUCCAUGUGGCUGAGAGCCAUUCUCAAGUGCUUGAGAUCUUGCUGAAGGCACAGAUCUUCUCAGGUCUUACGAUCUUUCUUUCUGAUGAAGACGAAUUCAUCCGACUGCUCGGCCACUUUUCGGAAGCCGGAGAUGCUGAGGGGACAGGAUCGGUCUACCGUGGUCGAGUGGUGACAAUUGAGUCUUGGAAGGAUCGCAUGAAGUUCGCAAUGGAGCUCGAAGCGGCCGAAGACCCUGUGAUGGACCUCGCUUUCGAUUCUGAUUCAGUCGUUUCCAAUGUUGAUGGAAAUGAUGAAGGCGAUAACCUGGAUAGCGAUGACGAUGACAACGACGAAGAAUACCACGAGCUAGCAGUGCUGCUCGAUCUGGUUCCGCUGCAUCUACCAUUGCAGCUAUCAGAACAAGAUGGCAUAUUUCCUACGUUUCGAGAUCGGGUGAACCUGUGCCUUUACGAGGGACUCGAUCUGCCAUUUGCAUCUGCGUAUGGGUCUUAUGUCUAG